GGUCCAUGUCCUUUACCCAUGAUUACACACUAGGUCAAUCAAAAAGCCCUUCUAACCCCCCCCCCCCCCACCCCGGAAGCCCAAGCCCCCCAACCAAAAUCUCUCAUCCCUGUUAAGAUAAUUAGUCUCCUCUCCCUGACGGCCCAAAACCCUAGCCCCAUUUCUGAGACUGAGAGAGUUUCCCAGACUGCUAGGUUGACGAUUCCAUCUCCACAAUCAUGGCGGAUGUUGAAACCGAUGUGACAACAGCAGGACAGCCCAAAAAGAGGACGUUCAAGAAGUUUAGCUACAGAGGUGUCGAUCUCGAUGCUCUCCUCGACAUGUCCACUGACGAACUCGUCAAGCUCUUCAAUGCUCGUCCCCGCAGAAGGUUCCAGAGAGGUUUGAAGAGGAAGCCAAUGGCCUUGAUCAAGAAGCUGCGCAAGGCGAAACGUGAGGCUCCACCAGGUGAGAAGCCAGAGCCUGUCAAGACUCAUCUGAGGAACAUGAUUAUUGUUCCUGAGAUGAUUGGAAGUAUCAUUGGGAUUUACAAUGGGAAGACAUUCAAUCAGAUUGAGGUCAAGCCUGAGAUGAUUGGCCACUAUCUGGCUGAGUUCUCAAUCUCAUACAAGCCUGUCAAGCAUGGAAGACCUGGUAUUGGUGCUACUCACUCAUCAAGGUUCAUUCCUCUGAAGUAAUAUGGAUGUUAGGUUAUCUUGUGCGCUGUCUGAUGAAGGUCUUGGAUUAUGUAAGAGUUAAGCUUGGAAUAACCCGGUAUUGGUGCUACUCACUCAUCAAGGUUCAUUCCUGUGAAGUAAUGUGGGAUGUUAGGUUAUCUUGUGCCGUCUUUUGCUAGAGUUUUGAUGAAGGUCGGGGAUUAUGAAAGAGUUUAAGUUUGGAAUAACUGUAGUCCGCUGAUAAAUUUUAUUGUUAUUUGUUUUUGUGUCCUUAGACUUAUUUAUUUUAAAUGCUCAAUUUAAGAUGGUCUUUUUACGUUCAA